GCAUGUCUAGGGGUCAAAUGCACGGGGCGCGCAGCUCUACGAAUGUGGUCGAUGAGCACAGCGACUUUAAGUGUGGACUUCUCAUGGCCAGCCUUGAAGAGAAAGAUAGUGAGUGUGAGCAUAUACAGGAGACAAUUGGAGAGUUUGUUUCUCGAGUGAAGUCAGAAUCGUGGUGGCGUGAGGAUUGGGCGACGUGCGCAACAUGGUGUAGUGAAGCUGCAAAUUCAUACCUGAACUUAAAUAAGGCGUUUAAAGAACAGGCUGAAUGUCGAGAUUGGCUGGAACAAUUACAUCGUGGCGAUUCUAGGGGUUGGAAUUGUAGGUACUUGCAGCAUAGAGAAGCGAAGUAUAGAGAAGCGACAGGAAAAGCUCCAGAUGCGGAUUAUAUCAGGCAAUCCUCUGGUGGCCAGGAUAGAGCGGUAAAUAUCGAUGCGCAGGUAUAUGAUCUAUCCCCCAAGGAUAGGCGGAAUUAUGAGAGCAUUCCUCUCUCUAGAGGAUUUCAAGAACAGAGCACCACUCAAGCGCAUUUACAACCUAGACAUGAUUCUCAAUACCCGAUGCAGGCUGUCAGGGAAGACAAUGAAGGUAUGCAACACAACCGCCAACCCAAUCCAGAGUCGCUUCAGCCCGAUGGGAUUUCGUCGAGAGAAUAUGUUGAUAGUAACGAGGAACGACGACUCGCAGCAAGAACCGUAAAUCCCAUCAUUCGCAAAACUACAUUCCAGCCGCGCGCCUCGGUGGCACAUGCGAGUGAUACAAAUGCUCGAAGGAACGACACAGUUGCACAAGAUAGAGCAGUCACGCACAGGGUAGACGAUGUAACUGGCGACGGCGAUUCUGACAACAGCGAAAGUGCGAUGAAUACGAGCCUUUUCGUAGGCGAUGAUAUGCAGACGGCACUGACCGAAGAGCGAAAAAGGGCAGUGGAGCAAAACCGACUCUUUAACGAUAGUGCUGCAGCGAGGAAGAAGCGGUCAAAGAAACAUAUUGAAAACCAAGGGAGAUUGGCAGUAAGCUCAGAACCAAAUCAAAUCUGUGUAGCCGAAGGAGAGGCAGUAGGACAAUUGCAAGCCGUCCAACCCGCACAGGUUGCUUAUAGUCAGGGAUUGCUAAGUGAACCACCAGCGCGAUAUGUGCCAGAGAAACGGGCAGCAGCGCCCAGCAUCAAAUCAACUAAACGUCACAAAGGCGCUGAGAAUGAGACUGAGAGCGGCAAACAGCAGGAGAAGAAAGGUAAAACAGCGCCCGAAGAUGAGCAACGAAUGAUAACACAAUACCUAUCCGAAGCGCCGUGUGCACAUGAAGAGUUAGCAAAGGAAUACGGGAAUAGCCGAACUAAGGGUGUUAUCAAUAAGCUGAAGAAGGCCAAGAGCCAACUGGGGCCUGAAAUAGCCUAUCUCAAAAAAUUUGAUUAUGACACUGACGAGCACGACGAUGCGCUGAGGCAAAUCAUUGACAAAGUAAGGAUUGCCAACAAGAACGAUUUGCCCAGUCUAGCCGCGGUGUUGCAUAUAAAAUACUGUCGGGACGGCAACGACGAUACCCAUAAACAUUUAUACUGGAAUGAAAAGGUUAGAAGUCUCUAUGAUGAUAUAAAACGUGCGGAUUCAACACUGCAACACGUACUCGAAUAAAUAUCGAUCUCAUCCAGGC